AUGGACCCAGGCGCGGGGGCCGCGGCCGGAGAGGGGCCGCCCGCGCCCCGGCCCCGCCGCCGCCGCUCCCUGCGCCGCCUGUUCGGCCGCUUCCUGCUGGCGCUGGGCAGUCGCUCCCGCCCCGGGGACUCGCCGCCUCGGCCCCGACCCCAGCCCCAAUCAGGACACGGCGAUGGCGACGGGGAGGGGGGCUUUGAGGGCCCCGAUCCAGCCGCGCCCGGAAGCCCCGGGGAGGAACGCCGGCCCGGACUCCCCGCCGGCGACGGGGCGCGGCCCCCGGGAGCGCAGGGCUUGAAGAACCACGGCAACACCUGUUUCAUGAACGCCGUGGUGCAGUGUCUGAGCAACACCGACCUGCUGGCCGAGUUCCUGGCGCUGGGGCGCUACCGGGCGGUGCCCGGCCGCGCCGAGGUCACCGAGCAGCUGGCGGCGCUGGUGCGCGCGCUCUGGACGCGCGAAUACACGCCCCAACUUUCCGCCGAGUUCAAGAAUGCAGUCUCCAAGUACGGCACUCAGUUCCAAGGCAAUGCCCAGCACGAUGCCCUGGAGUUCCUGCUCUGGUUGUUGGAUCGCGUACACGAGGACUUGGAGGGUUCCUCCCGAGGGCCGGAGUCUGACAAGCUUCAACCUGAAGUCAGGAGGACCUCUGAGAACCUUCUGUCACCAUCGGCUCAGCUUUCUGUGGGCCAAAGCUUUGUGCAAAGCCACUUCCAAGCACAAUACAGAUCUUCCUUAACCUGUCCCCACUGCCUGAAACAGAGCAACACCUUCGACCCUUUCCUGUGCGUGUCCCUGCCCAUCCCUCUGCGCCAGACGAGAUUCUUGAGCGUCACCUUGGUCUUCCCCUCCAAGAGCCAGCGGUUCCUGCGGGUGGGCCUGGCCGUGCCGAUCCUGAGCACAGUGGCAGCCCUGAGGAAGAUGGUUGCAGAGGAAGGCGGCAUCUCUCCAGAGGAGGUGAUCUUGGUUGAACUGUAUCCCAGUGGACUCCAGCGGUCUUUCUUUGAUGAAGAGGACCUGAAUACUAUUGCAGAAGGAGAUAAUGUCUAUGCCUUCCAAGCUCCCCCAUCACCUGGGCAGGAGAUGCUCUCAGCUCAUCCAUCUGGUCUGCUGGUCUCCCCGCGCUUGGCAGCCCGUGAGGGACAGCGAUUAUCCCUGCCUGUCCACAAUGAGACCACGGUGCUAAUCCUCUUCUGUAAUUUGGUGGGCUCGGGGCAGCAGGCCAGCAGGUUUGGGCCUCCUUUCUUGGUAAGGGAAGACAGAGCCAUCUCAUGGAUCCAGCUCCAGCAGUGCAUUCUCAGCAAAGUCCGAUACCUCAUGAAGAGCGAGGUCCCCAUACAGAACCUGGGGUCACUGUUCUCCAUCCGGGUCGUGGGACUCUCCCUGGCCUGCAGCUACUUGUCCCCACAGGACAGUCGGCCCCUCUGUCACUGGGCAGUUGACAGGGCUCUGCAUCUUAGGAGGCCAGGAGGCCCCCCGCACAUCAAACUGGCCGUGGAGUGGGACGUUGACACCAAGGAGCGCCUGUUUGGGAGCCCCCAGGAGGAGCGGGUGCAGGACGCGGACAGUGUGAGGCGGCAGCAGCAGGCCCACCAGCAGCACAGCUGCACCCUGGACGAGUGUUUCCAGUUCUACACCAAGGAGGAGCAGCUGGCCCAGGAUGACGCGUGGCGGUGCCCACACUGCCAGGCCUUGCAGCAGGGGGUGGUGAAGCUGAGCCUCUGGACCCUGCCCGACAUCCUUAUCAUCCACCUCAAGCGCUUCUGCCAGGUGGGCGAGAGGAGGAACAAGCUCUCCAUGCUGGUGAAGUUCCCGCUCGCCGGGCUCGACAUGGCUCCCCACGUGGCCCAGAGGAGCACCAGCCCCAAGGCCAUGCCGGGCGCCUGGCCUCCUUCCUGGAAGCAGCCGGCCUGCCUGCCCACCAGCUACCCGCCGGACUUCCUGUAUGACCUCUACGCCGUCUGCAACCACCACGGCAGUUUGCAAGGUGGGCAUUACACAGCCUACUGCCGGAACUCUCUGGACGGCCAGUGGUACAGUUACGAUGACAGCACGGUGGAGCCGCUUCUAGAAGACGAGGUCAAUACACGAGGGGCUUACAUCUUGUUUUAUCAGAAGAGGAACAGCAUCCCUCCGUGGUCAGCCAGCAGCUCCAUGAGAGGUUCCACCAGCUCCUCCUUGUCUGACCACUGGCUCCUCCGGCUUGGGAGCAGUAACGGCAGCACAAGGGGCAGCCUGUUGUCCUGGAGCUCUGCCCCUGGCCCUGCACGGCCCCGGUUGCCCGAGCCUACCUUCUGCACCAACAGCCUGCCCAGGCAGGAGAAGGGAGGCUUGGAGUCCAGGCCUUUGGCACGGGGCAUCCAAGGCCGCAGCAUCAGCAUGAAGGUGCCCACACCUUCCCGAGCCAAGCAGGGGGCCUUCAAGACCAUGCCCCUCCGCUGGUCUUUUGGCCCCAGGGAGAAACCUCUGGGCACAUCCAUCGAGCUGGUGGAGUACUUGGAGUCCAGACGGAGACCUCGGUCCACGAGCCAGUCCAUCGUGCAGCUGCUGACGGGUCCUGCCGGCGGUCACCAGAAGUCACAUGCCACCCUCUCUGUGGACAGUGAAGACAGUAGGCGAACCAGCGACACGGUGCUGGCCACAGCGCCCUGCCCCUCUGGCCAUCCUGGCCACUGCAUGGUCCCUGGCAACUCAGAUGGCUCGAAUGCAGCCAGGAAGCUCAAGGAAAACUCAAGUCAGGAUAUCAGGCUGCCCAAACAGUUUGACUUGCCCCUCACGGUGAUGUCCUCAACAGAAGACGAUGGGAGACGAGCCCGGCCUGAGGGCCAAAGGACCACAAGCUGUAAGGGAAGUGGCCUAACCAGGAGCAGUGGCCAAGCACCCUCCCCCAAGGAGGGUCCCAAUGCUGCGACGUUACCUAGAAAGAGUGCAGCCGGUCGCCCAAACAGCUCGGGCAAGAUGAGGGCUAAUGGGGAGAGAAAGGACCCCGAGACAGACAGAUUCCCACAAGGGACCCUCACCCUUCUGAGGUCUGUGUUUUGGAAGAAGGAGAUCAGGAAGAGGGACAGGCCAGAGGCAGCCCCCCAGGCGGCCCCCGUCUCCCUGGUGAGCGGCAGGCAGAGCCCGGCUGUGGAUGGGGAGGCCCGAGGCUCGUCUCCAUCCCUCAGGAUUCGAGAGAGCCUGGCCAGGGGCCCGGCCGGCCACCUGGAAAGAGAGAGGGACGUCCGGUCAGCGCCCAGCUCUCUGCUCCUCCCUCGCAAGACUGGCAGGCCCCCGAGGGCCAGUGCCCUGGGCACAUCCCAGAGGAGUGUCUCCGGGGAGCAGACGUCUUUCGGUACCUUGCCAAAGGUGAAGUACCACACACUGUCCUUACGUCGGAAGAAAACCUUGCCUGAGUCCAGUUUCUGA